AUGGGCGCGAGCUGGUCACGCCUCGCGGGCUCGGGGCCCCCCGGCGGCGCGGCGGCGCCGCCCACGCGGCCGGACCUCGAGCUGCUGCGCAAGGAAGAGCUGGCCCUGGAGGCCGCGGCGAUCCCGCCGGAAGACGUUCCGUCGUGCCUGCACUUGUUCGACCGGUGGCUCUCGUGCUAUGCGCUCGGCUCGCAGUUCCGGCACGCCUACCGCUACGGCACGGUGGCCGACUGUGCGAACUACAGCAACGACUUUAAGUUUUGCCUCACGAUGCGGAAGCUCGAGCCGCAGCUCCGGCGCGAUGCGUACCUCCAGCGCCGUGCGGAUGAGCGGGCGCACGCACGCCGGGGCUUCCGCUCGAGCGAGGCCGUGUGGGAGAUGCGCCGCGAUCCCUUGCUGGAUCCUGCGCUGGCGGACCCGGCGUAUCCGCCGCCCUCUUGGGGUGCGGAGGAUUCGAUCUUUUCAGUUCUGCUUCCGAAUGGGCUUGCCCUUGUGGACAACCAUACCAAGCUUACCACGAAAUGA